AUGAGUGUCCCACGCGCGAGGUUGCUGGACCUCAUGAAGGCCCAAUGCGAUAUCUUUGCGACAGUGUUUAACCCCCAGGGAGUUCGGACGGGUAACAAGAUCCUGCGCCAACGUCUGAAGGGACCUACUCUCGCCUCAUACUACCCUCGCAAGGUUCUCACCGUCCGAGACGUCCAGAAAGAAUUCGGCCCUGAGCUUACGACUAUCGACAUGGACGAGAUGGACCGAUUGGACCACAUUGCUGGACUGAAGGCCAGAGGAAAGAGUGCGCCAAAGAAGCUGAAGGCGAAGGUCGAAAAGAAGAAGAAAUAA